AUCAAUUGGGGGGUAGAGGGGAGGAGUUGGGGUGUUGUUGGAGAGGGAGGACGGAUGCUAUAUAAAUAUGAGUCCCUACAAACAAAAAUCUCAGACACUGGAGGACCAUACUAUACAACAUAGUAUUCCAGCCUAAGAGUGAAAGAAAAUCAACAGAAGAUGAAGAGACUGUUCUUUUUGUUUGUUGCCCUCUCAUCCUGUUCAGCUCAUGCAGAUCUCUCAGGAAAAGUGUUGGUUUUCCCCAAGGAGACCAACACGGACCAUGUCAAACUUGUGACAUCUGUAACCCAUAUUCCUGCCUACACCACCUGUAUGAGAUUCCUCACUGAUCUGCCAAGAGCCUAUAGUCUCUUGUCCAUGGCGAGUUCCUCAGGAAGUAACACCAUUGUGUUCUACAAGUUUGAAUCUGAAACCAUCAGAAUCCAUACUCUGGAGCCAGCUGCAGACUUCCUGUCGAUGGCGUUCCAAGACAACACUUGGCACUCUCUGUGUGUCACCUGGGAGUCUGACAACGGGUUGUCUCAGGUGUGGUUGGAUGGUAAAGCAAGUGUGAAGAAAUUCAUCACAUCAGGAGCACCCAUCAAUGGUGCAACCAACACCAUUCUGGGCCAAGAACAAGACGCUUACGGUGGAGGUUUUGAUGCCGCUCAGUCUUUCGUUGGUAUGAUUUCUGAUGUCCACAUGUGGGACCAUGUCCUGACUCCCACUGAGAUCCAACGCUACAUGAAGCACAAAUACUUCACCGCAGGAAAUGUGUUCAGCUGGAGGUCCCUUGAGUAUGAAAUCGUUGGGAAUAUUUUUGUUGACGAUGACCCAGAGGAACUUCCAUGGUGUUAAAUGUUCACCACAUUUGUUCCAAUAUCAUUUGUAUAUAGCAGUGAUUCCUAACCACUGUGUCGCAGCACAUUAGCAGCAAAUGUCAUCACAUUUGGAUGACAUUGUUGGAAAUUAACCCAUUUUGGCUCAACUGGUCUGAAAUCUAUUAUUUGUUCACAGCUACUAAUUUGUCUUUGCUCCUCUACGUGACAGUGAUUGGCAGAACAAUAUAAAUCCUUUACCUUGAGUGGUACCAAAUGAAGGCUAUAAAAACUAAAACAAGAGAGUAAAUUGAAUCUAGACGUGUGCCUGUGCCGCGGCUCUAAAAUGGUUGGGAGACACUGCUAUACAAAGAUAUGUUCUGCAACAAUGAUCAAAAGCUUAAUGACUAAUUGCAUCUCUGUUUUGUAAAACACAUCAGUACAAUGGGUUUCGGGUCACAAUCAGUAGUAAAUAGGUGUGCUCUGCAAUAUUGAAAAUUUUGAAUUGCAAUAAAAGGUAUAAUUUCCUGUGAUUAAUCGUGAUUUAUUGCAUCAAAUGUAGAAAAUUCAAUAAAAAGUUCACACG